AAAAUAGCAUUAAAUUUUGGGUUAUUUUCUCUAUAAAAGGGUCAUUCCACACCCAUUUUUCUUCCCCCUCUCCUCUUCUCUUUCUUGUAUACCUAAACAUAUUUCUCUUCCUUGUUCAUCUAUCAAGAAUAGCCACAUCUUUCAUCAAUUGAGCCUAAAAAAUGGCAUACGAGGAUCGAUACGUGCAAGCCUCAAAAUAUGAUUGUCUUUUGUUUGAUCUUGAUGAUACUUUGUACCCUCUUGGCUCUGGGUUGGCAAAAGAAGUCCUUAAGAACAUUCAAGAUUAUAUGGUUGAAAAGCUUGGUAUAGACAAGAGUAAAAUCAAUGAAUUGUCCAAUCUUUUGUACAAACACUACGGUACAACAAUGGCUGGUCUUCGUGCAAUUGGCUAUGAUUUUGACUAUGACAACUAUCAUAGUUUUGUUCAUGGUAGAUUACCUUAUGAGAAUCUUAAAUCGGACCCAGUUCUAAGAAAUCUUUUAUUGAGCCUACCUAUUCGAAAAGUGAUAUUUACAAAUGCGGAUAAUACACAUGCCAUUAAAGCUCUGGAUAGGCUUGGAUUGGAGGAUUGUUUCGAAGGAAUUAUUUGUUUUGAAACUCUUAACCCGACCCAUAAAAAUUUCGCUUCGGAUGAUGAAGAUGAUAUUGAAUUUGUUGGAUCAAAAAUUAGUUCCAAUACGAAAAAGAAUGAAAUAUUUGACAUAAUUGGUCAUUUUGCUAACCAAAAUGAUGCAACAACAUUGCCUAAAACACCCAUCAUUUGUAAACCAUCAGAAUAUGCAAUUGAACAAGCUCUUAAGAUUGCCAAUUUAAACCCUAAUAGAACAAUAUUCUUUGAUGAUAGUGUCCGAAAUAUAUUGGCCGGAAAACGAGUGGGUCUGAACACAGUUCUGGUGGGUACUUCUCAAAGACCAAAAGGUGCGGAUUAUGUAUUGGAAAGCAUUCAUAAUCUAAGGGAAGCAUUGCCACAACUAUGGGAAGCUACUGUGAGGCCUGAAAUUUACUCUGGCAAAAUAUCUAUUGAGGCUUCUGUAAUUGCUUGAUUACUCCUAUAUUUUCAGACUCUUGGGUUUUGAUUUAUGCACUUCUGAAUUAUAUAUUUCCGUAUUUAAGAUUCAGAAGAUCAAAGGAAAUCGAACAAAACAAAGAGUCGUCGAAUUCACUUUCAGGGUUCCUAAAUAAUUUCUACAUAUUGUAAAUUUUAUGUAAAUGAAAAAAAUGGGAGAAAAUAAUUUUAAAUUAGAGUUA